AUGCAGUCAUUUCUUCAUUACAUCUGUAUUCAUCAGCUUUUCUUUGCUCUAUUUGUUACUCCACCUAUACUACGGUAUGUUUGUGCUCUCAAGUUGCUUCAUUACAACGAUGAAAGUUUGCAGUCUACUUUCCACAAGUUAACUUCUCUUGACAUAUUCCACACAUAUUUCGAUACGGAGAUUGCACUUACCGCCAAAGAUUUGUCCACCACAAAUAUAAUACACAUUGGGUCGACAAACUCGAUAAUAUUUAAUGAAAAUAUACUCAACACUGAAGACAUGCCAAAAUAUAUAGAGAUUUCAUAUUCUAAUGCGUCUACAUCGUUGUCUCGCCAAUUUGUAAAUCAAAGAGCAAUAUUGGAAUUGAGAGAUUUGACCUCAUUUACAUGGACCCCACUAGGCGAUUGUGUGACAAAUUUUGCCGGAGAUAAAGCAACUUACAAACAAUCAUGGUCUUUAGAACUAGAUGUUGGGUUUGAUUUCCGACUUGGGAUAAGUGAGUUCUUUAUCAAUGCUGCACCGGGUGUAAAAAACGAAUUUUUGGUGGGAAAGGGUGUAGGAGGAAGCUAUUCGUGCGACUUGAAACCUGGUAAAACGCUACAGUUUGUGAUAAUGUACCAAAGGUAUAUGAUCAAUGGUGUAAAGCAUAGAUCUGUACAGAAAAGCACGAGAAACAAAGUUGUAUAUGGAGAUUGGAAAUUAUUUGAUGCAUACGAACAAAUUGCUAGAAACGAGAUUCAAAUCGCUUGUAUAACCAAUCCAAAGUAUCUACAAUGCAGUAGUAUUUAA